AUGCAGCUUGCCAUUCUUUUUCUACUAGGCCUAGCGUGUCUUACCGGAGCUAGUGCUAGUCCAGCCUCCGAUAGUGCCAGUACUACCGAGCUUGAUGUUCGCCGUACCGAUGGAUAUCGCUCCGUUGCCUACUUUGUCAACUGGGCGAUCUAUAGCCGUAACUUCAAUCCUCAGGACCUCCCAGCCGAUAAACUAACGCAUGUGCUAUACGCAUUUGCUAACGUACACCCGGACACCGGAAUGGUGUAUAUUUCGGAUCCUUGGGCCGACAUAGAGAAGCAUUAUACUACCGAUUCGUGGAGCGAUACUGGAAAUAAUGUUUACGGAUGUGUGAAGCAGCUAUUCCUUCUUAAGAAGAAAAACAGGAAUCUGAAGAUCCUGCUGUCUAUUGGGGGUUGGACUUACUCGGCUAACUUUGCGAUGUCCCUUAGCACUGCUAAGGGUCGUGCGAAUUUCGCUUCCUCCGCUAAAGACCUAGUGAUAAAUCUCGGCUUUGAUGGUAUUGACAUUGACUGGGAGUAUCCCGCGGAUAGCACCCAGGCAGAUAAUAUGGUUGCAACGCUUCAACAAUUACGCUCGGAAAAUAAGAGCCUAGAUACAUAUAGCGCUGCAGAAGAAAGUAAUUAUCACUUUUUGAUUAGCGUUGCAUGCCCAGCCGGACCAGCAAACUACCAAAACCUCCAUAUAUCAGACAUGGACAAGUACCUUGAUUUCUGGAACCUUAUGGCUUACGAUUACUCCGGUAGCUGGGAUACUACCGCCGGCCAUGACGCUAAUAUCUACACCUCGACUAGCAACCCCUCUAGCACGCCCUUUAACACUGACCAGGCCGUCAACUACUAUAUCUCACAAGGAGUGGCAGCUAGUAAGAUUGUUAUAGGCAUGCCACUCUAUGGGCGCUCGUUUUUGAAUACCAAUGGGCCUGGUACGUCUUACAGCGGCGUUGGCAGCGGUAGCUGGGAGAAUGGAGUGUGGGACUACAAGGCGCUGCCCCGGGCUGGGGCAAACGUUAGCUACCUUGACCAACCUAUGGCUAGCUACAGCUAUGAUUCUUCGCAAGGAACGAUGAUUAGCUAUGAUACCCCCCAAGUUGCGCGGAAGAAGGCAGAGUAUAUUAUGUCAAAAGGUCUGGGUGGAGGAAUGUGGUGGGAGAGCAGUAGUGACAAGAAAGGCUCUGAUAGCUUGAUCACGACGGUUACUAACACCUUUGGCGGCGUCGGUGCUCUGGAGCAAGUCGAGAACGAGCUAAGAUACCCGUCCUCCUCUUACGACAACCUAAAGGCUGGAUUUCCUUCCAAUUAA